CAAAAAUAAAAUUAAAUAUUAAAAAAACUUAAAAAAGAAAAAAGAAAAGCCCUCUUCCAUAAUUCUUCUUCUCUUUCCAGCUGCUUACUUCCAUUCCCCCAAUAAAUCUACUCAAAUUGAUUUCGCUGCUUUUUGUUUCUUCUGUUCAUCUUUUUUAUUUUUAUUUUUGUUUUUCUCUGCUUCUGAUUUGAAGUUCUUGCAUCAUCAAAUUGCGAUAUUCUUCUACGAUUUUUUUUUUUUAAAAAAUAUUUUUUUUUUUACUGGUUCGUGUUGACUACGUACUAACAAGUCUGGGUGGUUUGAUUCGGGCCUGGAAUCUGGGAAAUUAGGGCUGGAUUUUGAUGGAGAAUCCGGGUUUUUAGCUGAAUUUGUGUUUGGGGCGGGUCAAAAAGUUUAUCAUGGAUCGGUGGUCAAAGGCCACGAUCUUCCACUCCGGUUUUCUAUGUUUGAUUAUUGUGUUUGCGAGAUUGUUUAGGGUUUCUGCAAAUGCUGAAGGCGACGCGUUGAAUGCAUUAAAGACCAAUUUGGCCGAUCCGAAUAGUGUCCUACAGAGUUGGGAUCCGACACUUGUCAAUCCCUGCACGUGGUUUCAUGUUACAUGCAACAAUGACAAUAGUGUUACUCGAGUUGAUCUAGGAAAUGCAAAUUUGUCUGGUCAACUCGUUUCGCAGCUCGGUCAACUCACGAAUUUACAGUACUUGGAACUUUACAGUAAUAAUAUUAGUGGAAGAAUUCCGAACGAACUCGGAAACUUGACCAGCUUGGUUAGUUUGGAUCUUUAUCUGAACAACCUAAGCGGUCCGAUCCCCGACACAUUGGGCAGGCUUCAAAAAUUACGUUUCUUGCGGCUUAAUAAUAACACGUUGAGUGGACGAAUUCCCCUGACUCUGACAACCAUCAAUACCCUUCAAGUCCUUGAUCUGUCAAAUAAUCAGCUCACGGGACCUAUUCCUGUUACUGGAUCGUUUCAGCUUUUCACUCCUAUCAGUUUUGCGAAUAAUCCUUUGGAAGCUCUUCCAGUAUCACCACCACCUCCCAUUUCACCGACAACUCCAUCUCCUUCUCAAGUUGGAAACAGUGCUACUGGAGCAAUUGCAGGAGGGGUAGCUGCGGGGGCCGCACUUCUAUUUGCUGCCCCUGCAAUCGCUCUUGCUUGGUAUCGAAGAAAGAAGCCACAAGAUCAUUUCUUCGACGUUCCUGCUGAGGAGGAUCCAGAAGUACAUUUAGGACAGCUUAAAAGAUUCUCUCUACGCGAACUCCAAGUUGCAUCGGAUAAUUUUAGCAACAAAAAUAUUCUUGGCAGAGGUGGUUUUGGUAAGGUGUAUAAAGGCCGAUUGGCCGAUGGUACACUAGUGGCGGUUAAAAGACUGAAAGAAGAGCGGACUCAAGGCGGUGAGCUUCAGUUCCAAACGGAAGUAGAAAUGAUAAGUAUGGCUGUGCAUCGGAAUUUGCUUCGUUUACGAGGCUUUUGUAUGACUCCCACUGAAAGGGUGCUCGUUUAUCCUUAUAUGGCUAAUGGAAGUGUUGCUUCUUGCUUGAGAGAUAGGCCGGAAUCACAGCCGCCACUUGAUUGGCCGAUACGAAAACGGAUAGCGCUGGGGUCCGCUAGAGGGCUUGCUUAUUUGCACGACCACUGUGACCCUAAAAUUAUCCAUCGUGAUGUUAAAGCUGCUAAUAUAUUAUUGGACGAGGAUUUCGAAGCAGUUGUCGGCGAUUUUGGAUUGGCCAAACUAAUGGACUACAAAGAUACACAUGUUACUACAGCCGUACGAGGAACAAUUGGUCAUAUAGCUCCUGAGUAUCUCUCGACUGGAAAAUCGUCGGAGAAAACCGAUGUUUUCGGUUAUGGAGUGAUGCUUCUUGAGCUUAUCACUGGGCAGAGAGCUUUCGAUCUCGCUCGGCUUGCUAACGAUGAUGAUGUCAUGUUGCUCGACUGGGUGAAGGGACUUCUAAAGGAGAAAAAGUUGGAAACGUUAGUUGACGCAGAUCUUCAAGGUAAUUACAUCGACGAAGAGGUGGAGCAGCUCAUCCAAGUAGCUCUACUCUGCACACAGGGCUCACCGACCGAACGUCCUAAGAUGUCAGAAGUCGUCAGAAUGCUCGAAGGAGAUGGAUUGGCCGAAAGGUGGGACGAGUGGCAGAAGGAAGAAAUGUUCAGACAAGAAUUCAGUUACACUCAUCAUCCUAGCACUGAUUGGAUAAUUGCGGAUUCCACUUCUAACAUUCGGCCCGACGAACUGUCGGGCCCCAGAUGAAAACUCGAGGGCUUUCUGUAUUUUAUUGUUCUAUCUUUUUUUCUUUUUCUUUUUUCAGGUUUGUAUAUGUGUUUUCUUUUUCUUUUUUAAUUUUUUUUCUCUCCAUAUUUUGUCGAUUUUCCGGCUGUUGUAUUGUUUCUCAGAAUUUUGAUAAUUUUAAGAAUGUGUAGACAUUUCAAUAGGCCAUACCAGUUGUAUUUUAAGGUGCAGGAUUAGCUAUGUAAAAGCACCAAUGUAAUCUACUUAUUUUUUUAUGUAUUGGAAUUGCCCAAUAUUGUUGAAUAAUAAUAUUCAGGAUUUUUAUUGUA